AUGGCUCUAAAAUGUUUCUUCGUUCCUUACAUGCUGCUUCUCUCGUCCCUAGUCGCCGCCGGAGUAGCCACAAUCACCGGCGGGGAAUUGCUAUCUUCGAUGAUCGGAGUUCAAGGUCUUAUCUACUGUAAACAAGGAUCUAAGCUCACCCCUAUCCAAGGUGCGGUGGCUAGGGUGACAUGUGAGACGGCGGACGAAUACGGCUACGAGGCUGAGGACGUGACGGUACUUAGCCAAGCGACGGAUGCGAAGGGUUAUUUCCUAGCAACUCUUUCUCCGUCGGAGGUGAAGAAUUAUAAGAAAGUGAAUAUCAAAGAAUGUAGAGCGUUUCUUGAGCUUUCUCCGGCUGACACGUGUUCUUUGCCGACGGAGAUCAACCGUGGAAUCAGCGGAGCAAUUCUCCAAAAAUACCGUCUCGUUGAAAACAAGCUUAGGAUGAAGCUCUUCACCGUUGGCCCUUUUGUCUUCUCACCGGAAGAAAAUCAAGACAAGUCUAUCCCCAAUGGCUACUAA